UUGCAAUCAACUUGCGGCUGCGGGCUUGGAAUUGCCGUAGAGCUGGUUGUUGACGUACGCAAGUACACCUAGCACGUAAUCGACCGCGUGGAGCAGAAAUCCGCAGUCCAGGUGCCUGAACAGCCAAAAACCAAGCUUGCACUGCAGUGUGAGGUGGUGACUGCGCACGAAGACAGCGCGAAACAGCAGACCAUGUGCAAACCCCCAAAAACAACAGAAAUGGACGCCGACGCCGCCGCCGAGCACUGGGCGAAACGCGCACUGUCAAUUGGACUGCUGCGGUCGGUCAGCGGCAUGGUUUUGACACCUGUGGUACCGGGCAUCCUCAAAAGCGCGCUGGGCGGCGACCAAGCCAGAGUCGCCAUGUACCAGGCCGACUGGAUUUUCUACGGGAGCGCGAUCCAGUUAAUCAUAGGGCCGGUCUGCGGCGCUAUUGGUGAUGGUAAACUGGGAAGGAAGCCCAUCCUCGUCGCGUGUGCGUUGCUGCAAGCCUUGGGGGCGUGUGCCGUCCUCGCGGCCCACGAAGGAUUGCUCGGGCCCUUGCAGCUCUGGUCCGCGUGGUUAUUGAGGCAAGUGGCCACAGUGGCCGCGAUGACCACCACCAGUGCAUCAAUAUCAGAUGCGUACGCCCACGACCGGACGAAAAUCGCCAAGACCGCGGCGCGCUUGGGCGGCAUGCAGAUGGGCGUCGGCAUGCUGUUGGGGCCUGCUUUAGGCGCCACAAUAGCGUCAAAAUACGGCCCGCGCGGCACGGGCGUCGUCGCCAUCCUCGGGGGCGUGCUGGCGUUGCUCGGUCAAUUGGUGUUGGUGCCCGAGGCCGGCGCCGGAACACGUACGAAGACGGAGGUCAAGAACCCGUUCGUCGCGCCGCUACGACUCUUCAGCGAAGGCGCGCCGUUGCGGUAUCUCGCCUGCGCGUCAUUAUGCCAAGCGCUGUGUCGCGGCGAGUCGGCGGUCUACUCGCCGUUCAUGGUCGAUAUUUGGGGGGCCGGGCCGAAGGGACUCGCUCUCACGAUGACCGUGGUUGGAGCGACGUUCGCGGCGUCCCAGGCUCUACUUGUAGGACCCCUGGUCAAGAAAUUUGGCGCGGCCGGCGCUCUGAGACUGGGCUACGCGUGUAGCACCCUACAAAGGGUCAUAUGGUCGUACUACACGCAUCCCGGGGUCAUGCUUGUAGGAUUGGCCCUGGGCUCGCCGGGCUUCGGCGCCGAUUCGAUCAUCCAGCAGCUCGCGCUGGAUUAUCACCCUUCCUCGACACCACCGCGCGGCGAGCUCGCGGCGUCGUUCUCGUCCUUAGGCACGCUGGGUGUGUUGGCGUCCUCGAAAGUCUUAGGUGGGCUCUUCGCCUGGGGGGCGCCGCUCGGCUGGCCCGGCGCGCCUUUUGCGGUCGGGGCGGCGGCGUCUUUUUGUGCUUUUUCUUGCGCUUCCCUUGGAGCGCGGGCGAAGGCGAAGACUGCAUGAUUUUGUGUGUCGACCGAAGUAAGUUUCUUUCGCAUUA